AUGGAUCAAGAUCAGGAAGAUCCGAUCGACUGGUCAGUCGAUCAAGUCGUUCAAUAUUUAUGUCACAAUAAUUCGACUCCUUGGUCUGUGUCGAAGCACCCAAGCCCUCUUCCAGACCGGCAGUCGCUGGAAACUGCCAUUCGUGAACAUGGAAUCACCGGCGAGGUCUUGCUUGAUGGACGCCUCGAAAACUUUCUGAGAAACAGCUUAAAACUGAAAGAGGGACCUUUCUAUACGGUCAAUAAAGCAAUUCAGUAUGCUCAGCGUCAGUCUCGGAAAUAUCAAGCCCAGCAAAACCAAGAACGCUCGCAGUUCGCCUCUGCAAUGUUUCCUAUGAUGGUAAAUAAUGAUAGAGCUUGGACACAUCCUUUCAAUCCUCCCUGGUUUUUCAAUACCGCCACCGCCUCUAUUCCCCAACUUACGGGAUUGAACAAUGCUCCUAAACUUUCGAAUAACGGAGACAGGUUACCGGAUCAACAACUCCUGUCUAGUCUACAGGCUACGCAGCCUCCAUCGUCGCCUCAAGUAGCUGAACUUGACGAUGUUGAACUACCAGAUGUUCCCGUCGAAGCAAGUCGCAGACGGUCUAACUCUGUUCUUCAGAUCGAUACUCCUGUUUCCCUUCGUUUACGCCCGAAUGAAGCUGCGCAUACUGAUGAACGGGGUCAAAAGCGGAGGAGACUUGAUCUCACAGCCAUUGAGUCGCCAACGCCACUACCCAGAGAACGGUCAGAAAGGUCUACAGAAGAACAUCCACCAAGGUACUGGUACAUAGGUCCCGGCAAAAUUGAUGCUGCGAGUGUGUUUUACCCAACUCCUUCCGAUUCGAACGAAGAUAACUGGUUCAUCUUUUCGUCUAAACACUCCGCUGGUCAAAGACUGUUCGUCAAAAGGAAAAUGCAUCGUUUUUUUCGCAAAGAAGUCAUCGAAUUACCCUCACAGAACGGGGCUUGUCGUUAUGCAAUGUUGCCCUAUGAUGAAGACGACGUAAAUAGAGGUAAGCCUCGAUAUUACACAUUGUAUACUUCGCAUAAAGGUAGAGUGGAAGUCAACGUGAAGUCGACAGCCGAUACUACUGAAGAUCUUCCAUUUAUCUUGGAUCAGGCCUCGCGUGCGAAGGAGGAGAACCCUUAUGACUACCUUCUCAAAAAAUACCCACCUAAAGACGACUCAGAUUCAUAUCCUAUUUAUGGCGAAUCUGGCUCAGAAGGUGAUUACGACUCAGAUACUUGGCGCGAGAUGGAUGACGAGAGAGAAGAGGCCGCGCUAAAACCGUCUAAAUAUCUAUCAAGCAAUGAGGUGGAUGCUAUAAUCGAUCAACGAAUAGCUCACUAUGAGGGAGAAUGGCGGACUAAGCAGCUUCCAAAACUGGAACUUGGGGCGCACAAAAUAUGGUUUGAUGCUUUUAAGAAGAAGUGUCGAAAUCUAAAGAUCAAAAUUGCGCUGGAUGACAUUGAACGCCUCAAAUUACGGUUGGGAAAGAUCAGGGAAGCACUACAUGAGGAUGAAUGGUUGCAGCCGUCUCAACUGAUAGCUCAAUGCGAAGUCAUGGAGCCAACGAUCUUCGAAAUUGAAAGUCAGAAGCGUCGCGUUGCCAUAUUGGAAUUACCCCAAUGUCCCCCUAAGCCUCACUCAGUACCGCGUCCAGCUGCGAAGCCCAAAGGAAAGGCGAAUCAUCCACUCUCCGACGAAGAAUCGCUUGGGUUUGACUCUGAUAGUUCUCUGAGAAACUUCAUUGAGGAUGACAUGGACGUCGGCGUGCGAAGUGGCUCCGGCAGUAUCUUGCCUAGAACCGACUUCGAUAGCAAAAUUCGAGAUACUCUCGAUGUUACUGGCACUCACACAGAGUCUGGUACUCCAAUCAAAACUCGCAGCUCUCCUGCUCAGGAUCUGAUACAUCAGGAAGAAGUUCUUCAUGAUGGUGGCAUUGAAGUUAACCCUGGUUCUGAAGCCGUUCCGCAGCCUCGUUGCGGCUUCUACUAUUCGUCUGAUAGUGCGUCAGAAAGUGACUAUGAGCCGCCGGAUGCAGUCUCGGGGGUUGGCCGCCGAAAAACCGAGAUCAUUGAUUUGACCGGCAGCCCACCCAGGUCGAAUGGUUCUUCUACUCCUAUUACACGUUUCGCAAAUACCAGAAAUCAACAGAAUCACAUAAGUGACGACAUUCUGGUGGUUAUUCCUUCGCAGAAGCCAAGACUUUCGUCAAAACCAAGAUCUGCGCAGAGAUCCAAGACAAGCUCUGCUAAACCAGACGGCUCCAGAGACACAAAAAGAGGAGCUUCCUCCCAGGCAGAUCGUGAGGACCCUAGACAAAUUUUGGAGAGAAUGGUCGAAAAACUUUCUGAAAGUGAUCGAACGGAAAUGCUUAAUCAUUUUCUGAAUCUCUCUGACAGAAAGAUCAACCAUCUCCUCAAGAUUGGGCUACGAGUCAUACUUAAGGAAAAGCCUAGUAUCAAAGGUGUCAGUCCUGAGGAGAGCCAUUUGGGUAUUCGAGCUACGGUUUUUUAUAUUGCGUGGGUCAAUCGUCGAAUUGUGGACAGAGCAGGCAUCCGCAUAGGAUACAUCCAAAGAGCCAUUGAUGCCAUCGAGCGUUCGAAAGAUGCACCUGGAGAUGAUCUUCUGAACUAUCUCUCACACUUCCGUCAUCUACUUAAGAAGUCUGCUGCGGAUUCAACUCCUAGCAUAGAAGAUUCCGACGACGAUGGCCCUAUCACUUUUCUUGAUACUCCUCGUAAUAAGAGAAGGAGACGCCUGAAAGAAGAUCAAGCAGUGAAAAGCGGGCAGGUUGCAGCCAGGCAACGUGUUGAAAAUCAAGAACGGCAACGGAAAAUUCUUGAAGAAAGAUUCGAACGCAUUGGAGUCAGUAAUAGCGAUCCGGAACACCAAGCUGUCAGCUUUGAACAACCAACAAUCUUCCUUCAUCCUCAAAUCGGUGGACGUGUUAAGCCGCAUCAGCUUGCUGGUAUUCAAUUCAUGUGGCGUGAGUUGAUACAGAAUGAAAAACGGGAUGGCUGCCUUCUCGCACAUACCAUGGGUCUGGGAAAGACGAUGCAAGUAAUCUCACUCUUAGUCACAAUUGCCGCUGCCGCAAAUUCUCCUGAUCCUGCUAUUCGAAAGCAAGUGCCAGAAUUCUUUCACCGUUCGCAGACGCUAGUAUUAUGCCCUCCGUCAUUGAUCGAUAACUGGUACGAAGAGUUUAAUAUGUGGGCACCUCGUGGUGAUCAUAAGUUGGGCCAAAUCAGAAAAGUUGCUCAGUCAGAUCCUUUGGAGCAAAGAAUGUCUACCAUUGAGGAGUGGGAUACAGAAGGAGGCGUUUUGAUUCUUAGCUACCAUCUUUUCCGCAACUGGGUGGCACCUGAAUUGAAGAAGAGCACAAAUACAAAUACGGAAAUGCAGUUUCCUACCAGGCUCAAAGAUCAGCUUUUGAAAGGACCAAGAAUCAUUGUUGCAGAUGAGGCGCACCAGAUGAAAAACAAAUCCUCACAGCUUGCUCGAGCAGCAGCAAUGCUAGAGUCUAGGAGCCGCAUUGCGCUUACAGGGUCUCCACUCGCCAACAACCUCAUGGACUAUUAUGCUAUGGUUAACUGGAUCUCUCCCAAAUAUCUGGACGAACUCGCCGUUUUUCGGGCGAAGUACCUUGAACCAAUUGAGCAAGGACUGUUCUCUGAUAGUACGUAUCAGGAGCAGCGGAGGUCCCUCAAAAAGCUACAAGUUUUGAAGCAGAUCUUGACCCCAAAGAUUCACCGAGCGGACAUCUCUGUGUUGGAAGGUAGCUUACCAAGCAAGACCGAGUUUGUCAUCACUGUGCCAAUGACCGAGGUCCAAAAAAGAACAUACAACCAUUAUGUGACUUCUUUAAUGGAAGGGAAAAAUGCGAUAGCGGUUUCAUCUGCUACAUUCUUGACAUGGAUGGCUGUUUUAGGACUGUGCUGCAAUCAUCCGGCUUGCUUCUAUGAUAAAGUGGCGAAACGGGCCGAGGAACACGCUCCAAAACCCGCAAAUGAAGAGCCCAUCGACCCUGAGACGUUCCCAGCCGAGGUGCCGUUAAGCUCACUUGGCUUCAAUGAAGCUAUGUGGGCUUCUCAAAAACAACUUCUUUCCGACGUUCCUGAUCUGGACGAUCCCAAACAUUCUCACCGAGCUGACAUAUUCAAAAAAAUUGUCGAAGAGUCUGUGCGUCUUGAAGAAAAGAUACUCUGCUUCUCGCAAAGUAUCCCGACGUUAGAUUAUCUUGAAAGACUUUUGCGCUCAUCUGGAGUGCGUUUCUAUCGCCUCGAUGGUAGCACCGCUGUUAAGAACCGCCAGAAGGACGUCAAAAGCUUCAAUCAAGGUGAAAUAAGUGUCUAUCUUAUAUCGACACGAGCGGGUGGACUCGGAUUGAAUAUUACUGGUGCGAAUCGAGUGAUUAUAUUUGACUUCAGCUUUAACCCUACCUGGGAAGAGCAAGCAGUCGGGCGAGCGUAUCGCCUUGGUCAGGAAAAGCCUGUCUACGUCUAUCGUUUUCUUGCAGGCGGAACUUACGAAGAAGUUGUACACAACAAAUCCAUUUUCAAGACUCAGUUGGCAAUGCGUGUGGUUGAUAAGAAAAACGUCGAGCGGUCGGCUACAAAGUCACUCGGUGAAUAUCUGUUUCCUGUGAAGGACGUGAAACAGGAAGAUAUUUCGGAGUAUAUCGGACGAGACAAAGUCUUGGAUAAGAUACUUUUGAAUAAUGACUCGGCUUCACCGAGUAUUCUCAACAUUGAGCUCACGGAGACAUUCCGCCGCGAAAAUAAUGAAAUGCUCACCGAGGAUGAGAAGAAGGAGAUGGAACAGGAACUUGAGCUGGAAUUACUUAGAAUGUCAGAUCCGGCUGCCUACGAAAGGAAAAUGAUGGAGGCGGCUCGCCGGCCGGAGCCGACAUUGGUAUAUCCCACCACAAACCUUCCUACAUAUUACAUGUCUAGUGGUCCUCCCCUUUCUCAGCCAGCUCCACCGGCUCCUCCUGCUUAUCCAGCUCAUGCUCAGGCUCAGGUUCAGAGACCUAUUGCACCGCCUCACGUUGAAAGAAGUUUUUUCAAGCCCCCACCAUGGGCUGGCCCCGCAGCACCGGUUCCCAAAUCUAUGCUCAGCUCGGGGCCUCCACCAACUCAUUUGCCUCCUCGUCCAGACUUCAUUUCUGCACCGCCGGUUACCAGGGAUACAUCCGAAAGUGCUGCUCAGGCAAUCUUGAAGUCGUUCUCUUCACAAUCGGGCGUCAACAAUACCCAGUACAACAAUGUUCGGCCUUCACCUCCUUCAACAACUUCCUCUCCAAUAAGUGAUCAACCGUCCGGUUUACCAGAUCGUGUCACUGUGGAAUCAUUAGCUGCUCGUCUGGGUCCGGAUUGAACGGAUGGUGUUUUCCCAUCAGAUAUCUCUUCGACUCAGCAAUCCUUCUUUGUUCUCUGCAUCUGAGAUCUAUCUAUUCAGCAUAGAUUCGAAAACCAUAAAUCUUACGACUUUACGAAUAUCUUUUUCUCUGGUUUAUCUGAUACCCAUGGGGUUGAAUAUUGCGUCAUUUCAGUGUAUUGGGAGUGGGUUUUCAUGGCAUUGUAUCGUUUCAUUUCGUUUACCCUUCUGCUGUAUUUUAUUCUGGUUCUCCCUCUCCCCAUCUCGUUGCUAUUGCAGCGGUUUAUGAUCCGUCUUUUCCUUUUGAUUUAAGUCCAUACCUUGUUCUUCUUGUAAAACAUCGGUUUCAGGGGUUAUAGGGACUAGACUGUGCUCUGAAAUUUGGAUACUGCAUCGAUGCUCUAUAUAGACGGUGAACCUGAUCAUCUCAACUUCAUAGCGAGAAAUUCAUUAGAAUGAGGAGAGAUAAACUGCUAUGACAUUCC